UAUUCUUAUAAUCAUACAAAAUGAGUUUGAAUGAGGUAACCCAGGCCCAAGCGGUCACUGUGAGUUUACAAGAACUGGUCGAUGGCACCGUUUCCUUCGACGCUCUGACAGAGGCAUUUGGCCCCUCUUCACUUGGAAUAAUCAUCGUGAAAGACCUCGAUGUCAAAUUCCAACAACUGCGCUCUGAGGUUCUUUCCAAUGCAUCCUCCCUCGCCGCUCUCCCUGAGCACGAACUAGAAUCCCUCACCAGCCCAACAGCAAAAUACCUCGUCGGAUGGUCCCGCGGCAAAGAAACACUCCGCUCCGGCCACUUCGACACCCUCAAAGGCUCCUACUACAUCAACUGCGCCUUCUACCAAAACCCAUCCCUCCAGUCCGCCCCCGCAGAUGACUUCCCUGAUGCAUCCGAGUACACGACAGAUAACAUUUGGCCGGACGCGGAGCGACUACCUAGGUUCCAGGAGAGCGUCGAGGAACUGUGUAAUUUGAUCAUUGACACCGCGGCGCUGGUGGCUAGGGCUUGUGAUCGGUAUGCAAGGGCUGAGAUCGAGGGGUAUCAGGGGGGUUAUUUGGAGAGGGUUGUUAGGACGAGUUUGACGACGAAGGCGCGGUUGUUGCAUUACUAUCCUUCCAAUGAUAGCAGUGAUGGCGAUGGCGAAUCCAGGGACAGCGGUGAAGCCGACGACGACGACUGGUGCGCAACACACCUCGACCACGGCUGCCUAACAGGCCUCACCUCAGCCAUGUUCCUCAACGAAGCUUCACCCCCACCCCUAACCGAACUCCCCACCUCCCCAGAUCCCCGCGCAGGCCUGUACAUCCGCUCGCGAACAGACCAAAUCGUCAAAGUCAACAUCCCCAAAGACUGUCUUGCUUUCCAGACAGGUGAGGCGCUGCAGUCGAUUACGCGGGGGAAGUUCCGGGCCGUGCCACAUUUUGUUAAAGGGACUAAAGGGGGAGAGGGGAGGAUUGCGAGGAAUACGCUGGCUGUGUUUACACAGCCGAAUUUGGGGGAGGUUGUGGAUGCGAGCUCGGGGAAGGUGUUUGGGGAGUUUGCGAGGGAGGUUGUUGAGAGGACUUACUGAUUUGAUUUGAUAGUAGAGCAGAGCAGUAAAUUGAUUAUU